AUGAAAGGUGGAUCUGUAAUUGGAAAUAUAGCGAAGGAUCUUGGACUAGAUGCGAACCGGUUGUCUGCUCGUAAGGCGCGCAUUGACGCCGAAGACGGGGGUAAAAAUGUCGAGCUAGUGUUAGAUAAAGAGCUUGAUCGCGAAAAGGAGCAGGAGGUGAAAUUAAUUCUCACCGCGGCAGACGGCGGGUCUCCUCCCCGAUCAGGCUCCGUAGAAAUACACGUUACGGUGCUAGAUGCGAAUGAUAAUUCUCCUCUGUUUAGUCAGUCUGUGUAUCGAGUCAGUUUGCCAGAGAACUCCCCUUUAGACACAUUAGUUGUUAAAGUGAGUGCUACGGACGCAGACGAAGGGCCCAAUGGAGACGUAACCUAUGAAUUUAGCCGUAUAUCUAAUAAGGCAAGAAAGGUUCUUUCAUUAGACCCAACCACUGGCGAGAUUAAGGUAAUAGGACCAAUUGACUUUGAAGAGGAGACACGAUACGAAUUACGCAUCGAAGCCAAAGACGGGUUUGGCCUCUCCACAGACAGUAAAGUGAUCAUAGAGAUAUCUGAUGUAAAUGACAAUGCCCCUGUGAUUCUUCUGAAAAGUUUAAGUGAUCCAGUGUCCGAGAGCGCACCGCCUGGUACUGAGGUGGGCAUCAUAAACGUGCAGGACAGAGACUCUGAGAAGAACAGACAGGUCCGCUGCUCAAUACAGCACGACGUUCCGUUUAAACUAGUGCCAUCCAUGAAAAAUUAUUAUUCUCUGGUGACAACAAGUGAGCUGGACCGAGAAACGUUGUCGGCGUACAAUAUUACAAUAACAGCUACUGACGAAGGUUCCCCACCCCUGUCGUCCUUUAAAGACGUGCAGUUAUCAGUAGCCGAUGUCAACGACAAUCCGCCAAAGUUUGAGCACCAGACUCUUAGUGCGCACGUGACGGAAAAUAAUAAGCCGGGGUCCUCCUUGUGUUCAGUUACAGCAACGGACCCCGAUUGGAGGCAGAAUGGCACAGUAACGUACUCACUUUCUGCUGGUGAAGUCCAUGGCUUUCCGGUGUCCUCGUUAUUAUCCAUAAAUGGAGACACAGGUGUCAUUCAUGCUGUUAGGUCUUUCGAUUACGAGCAGUUCCGAAGUUUUAACGUUCAAGUUGUAGCACGAGACAACGGCUCUCCUCCCCUAAGCAGUAAUGUAACCGUCGGUGUUUUUAUAUCAGACGAGAAUGACAACUCCCCGCAGAUAUUAUAUCCCGCCCCGGAUGGAAACUCCUUCAUGACUGAAAUGGUGCCCAAAACUGUACAAGCAAACUCUUUAGUCUCCAAAGUGAUUGCAGUUGACGCUGAUUCUGGGCAGAACGCAUGGCUUUCGUUUCACAUUGUGAAGGCCACUGAUCCUGGACUGUUCACAAUCAGUCUCCACAGUGGAGAGAUCAAGACGCUGAGAGAUAUCUCGGAAUCUGAUGUUAUGAAACAGACUCUAGUUGUUGCUGUGAGGGAUAACGGAAAACCUGUUCUCUCUGCAACCUGCACCAUGUAUUUACUUAUUUCUGAUAACUUGGCUGAAGUUCCUGAACUGAAGGACAUGUCCUUUGAUGAAAGCAAUUCGAAGCUCACUUCCUAUCUGAUCAUUGCGCUUGUGUCUGUCUGCACAAUUUUCUUUGCUUUUAUCGUGGUGGCUUUUAUUUGCCAGCGAGGAUAA